GCGUGCGCGCCAAGCGUGAGUACUUCGCGAGAUGUUUGGCGACAGAUCGCUUUGAUGUUUGGAGCACCUGUCAAAAGCGCCAUCGACGUGCCGUCGCUGAUGCUGCUCGCGAAAACGAGAUCCGCCGACGCGAAUGAAAAGAGUCUCCCGGUGUUCUGCGGUUAACCGGGUCUCGCAUCUCUCUCUUGGCUCGUCGUCGGUAACCGGGUGCGGGCACACCAGUGUCAGUCUUGGAGCAUCGACUGGUGGAACGACCACUGUACAACAUCGGAUUCGCCUGAGAUCUUAGUUUUCAUUAACCAUGGCACAGGACAGUCCAGCUCCAAAACCCGCGGAGCAAUUUAAACUUAUACCAAAAAUAAUAAAUGGUGGCAUUGCUGGAAUUAUUGGAGUAUCUGUGGUAUUCCCUCUCGAUUUGGUUAAAACAAGAUUACAAAAUCAAGUUAUCGGCCCGAGUGGCGAACGCAUGUAUAAGUCAAUGUUUGACUGCUUUAAAAAGACAUACAAAGCAGAGGGUUAUUUUGGAAUGUAUAAAGGAUCCGCUGUGAAUAUAUUGCUGAUCACACCCGAGAAAGCAAUCAAACUUACUGCCAAUGAUACAUUUAGACAUUAUCUUUCCCUCGGGCCCGGACAACAAUUGCCAAUAGAACGUGAAAUGCUCGCCGGCGGCUUGGCGGGAGCAUGCCAAAUAAUCGUUACCACUCCGAUGGAACUGCUUAAAAUACAAAUGCAAGAUGCUGGCAGAGUCGCCAUGGCAGCUAAGGAAGCGGGUAAAACAGUGCCAAAGAUAUCCGCUUGGACGUUAACAGUAGAUCUGCUUAGGAAGCGAGGUAUACUGGGCCUGUACCAAGGAACCGGCGCCACAGCACUCAGAGAUGUCACGUUUUCCGUUAUUUACUUCCCGCUGUUCGCUAGACUGAAUGAUCUCGGACCAAAGCGAGAAGAUGGUUCAUCUGUAUUCUGGUGUUCAUUCCUUGCCGGAUGCGCCGCUGGCUCGACGGCUGCAUUAAUGGUAAAUCCGUUCGACGUAAUCAAAACUAGACUGCAAGUAAUCAAAAAAGCACCUGGAGAUCCAACGUACAACGGAGUAUUAGACUGUAUACUGAAGACAUUUAAAAAUGAGGGACCGAGGGCGUUCUUCAAAGGUGGCGCUUGUCGAAUGAUAGUCAUAGCGCCGUUGUUUGGAAUUGCGCAAACCGUUUAUUAUCUCGGCGUGGCUGAGUGGCUGCUGGGACUGAAGUGAAAUCACCAUAUCGCCAAUUACGUGCCGUUCAAAUGCUCUGGGAAACUGACAAUAAUCGUUGUAGAUUGUAGUUGUAUAAUAUAUUUGCUUGAAAUUUUUGCUCUCCAGUAUCGCAAUAAGGAUGUUGCUGUUGAAUGAAUAGGAUCUCGUGAUUACUUAUAUCUGUACCUUGGUGCUAAAAGGACCAAUAUCCAAAAUUGCCAAAUUCAAGUUAUAUACAUUAAUGAACUCUAAAUGAAAGCCACUAUUAUUGUAAAAAGAACCAAUGUCCUUCUAUGAAUACAUUUUGAAAAUUAAUAAUUGUAUAGAGGCUAAUCUCAUUUUAAUUUUUGUGUAAAAAAAAAAAACUUGAAACGGAACCUAACAUUGUUAAAACAUCAGUAAACAACAUUACAUUAAUAACUAAAAUAUAAAGAACACAAAUUACGUAUAAAUUUACUUGCUGCUUUAGAAAAAUAAAAAAUAAAUUUAAAAUUUCAGAUAAUUUGAAAAUUCGGACAUUGGCCCUUGUAGCACCAAGGUAUAGGUAUAUAAAAGAAAAAUAAAUAAGAGAUUUGAAAUUGAAAUUACCGUAAUUCUCGCAGGUCGCGAAUUAUAACGGAUUCGAUACAUAAUUGAAUCGAAUUAUAUCUUUAUCUUUUAUGUCCAUAUCCGCAAAGUGCAUUAAAACUAUUAAUCAAAAACAACGGAAUCAAUGUAUGUUUGUCUCUAACACAUUGUGUGUUCUUGCAACGUAGAAUUAUAUCACUGCGUUGAUGGAUGUGUUGAAAAAACAUCGAAUCGUUAGAAAAAACUUCACAAAUGAAAUCACAGAUAUUUCGCAGCUGUACCAAUUACGUGUAUUCUUCAAUAUUUUAAGUCAUACAUUUUUCCAUAUAAUAAUAACGCUUCUCUUCAUCUCUUCCAUGUAUUUCAUAGAUUCUAUCAAUUAUAUGCGAGAUCUUGUCCACGAAGUAAAAGACGUAAUAUAUAUGCGUGUGUCAUUGAAAGACCUACAUAUACAUAUGCCGGGCCCUUCAUUGUUACAUCUGCCAGACUAGCCAAUUAUAGUCAAUUAUACAUGUACAUUAAAGACAUUUAAAAAGAUUUAACGUGAUAUUUUUUUAAACAGUUUUGUUAUAAUAGAAUAUGCAUAAUAGAAUAUUUUGGCAUAAUAGAAUAUUUUGUUAAAGCUCCACAUUCGUUAUCUAGUUUUCUUAAUUUUUAUCUUGCAUCAAGAAUAAGCAAUCUUUACGGCCAUGUAAUAUAUAAUAAAUGGAGAUAUUACAGACAUCUUUAAAGCAAAUGCA